GCUGGUGCUCGAACUCUUUAUGUUUGAACUGCUCUGACCUUCAGAAAAUAACCAUCCCACCUUGUGAUAACACGUCCGAGCAUAGAAUUACCCUCCUUCGCCGACCAAUUCCAAAGCGAGAGCAACGGGCCGAUCCCACCGGUUCCACAUACCUACCGACGCGGUGGGAAAUACGCUGAGUACCAGCUGUGCAAGCCUCGACUGACCUCCACCCACACCUCGAUUGAUCUCGAGACACCAAGUUUCACAGAUAAGCAAUGGGCUUUUGGAACGACGGCUUCGGUGGUACAGAGCGCAGCCGCAGCCCGUCAGGGCGGUCACACCACUAUUCCUCCCGACCUGCGUACUCACGAAGCGCUUCCUCAUUCUUCUCCUUCGGCGGCGGAGGGUCCUCACGAGGUCAUGGGCGCGCCCGCCCUCGAUCUGGAUUUGUCAAUCGCAUUCGACGCUUCCUUCGCGAAAUCUACUCCUACAUGCGCAGACAUCCACUGAAGGUGUUCCUGCUGGUAAUAAUGCCGUUACUCACAGGAGGAGCACUUGCAAAACUUCUGGCGCAGGUCGGACUCAGGCUGCCGCCUUCGUUACAGAGAAUGAUGGGAGGGCCUCAGCAGAGUGAGAGAUUUUAUGCCAGGGGUGGUGCUCGUGAUUAUGCUGGUGGGACGGCUCUUCCUGCAAUGGGUGGUGGUGUUGGAGAAAGCAUUUCAUCACUGGUAGGCAUUGCAAAGAUGUUCAUAUAAUCUAGUACUCGCUGUCUCAGCACUGCUGGUGUUGGCACAGUACCAGACAGAAGGUGAAACAUUAUCCAGUAACGACAUCACGACCAGGAGUUACCUGAAAAUGAAUGGAACGGAA